AAUUGUUCUGCCGGCGACAACAACAGCGACAAAGACAAGCGAGCCAGCAACGGCUACUACCACAACCCCGACGGCCUUCUCUACAUGACCUUGGCCUCGGCGGGGUCAGCUCAAGGUCAGGGCGCCUCGUCCAAGUCGCCGGUUCGUCACGCCAGGAAGGAGGAGCCUGUGGAGUAUACCAGCCUCAAGUUCACCGCUCAGCCUCGCUAGGCUCACCUCGAGAUCAUCUGUGUGUCACCUGUGUGUCACCUAUGUGUCUCCUAUGUGUCACCUAUCUCACAUGUCACCUAUGUGUCACCUAUCUCACCUGUGUGUCACCUAUAUCUCACCCUUGUGUCACCUAUCUGACCUAUGUGUCAUCUAUCUCACCUAUCUCACCUAUUUGGCACCUAUCUCACCUAUGUGUCACCUAUCUCACCUAUGUGUCAUCUAUCUCACCUAUCUCACCUAUGUGUCAUCUAUCUCACCUAUGUGUCACCUAUCUCACCUAUGUGU